AUGGAUUCCCAAGAUUUCUCGGCACGGCUUAUGCACCAUCAGCCGCAGCACCAUCACGCGCCGCCGCCACAUCCCACCAUGCUUGUCGGCGGUCAGCCGCAAACCCAGCUCACUCAACCACAGCACAACAAUUCCUACCCCAACAGUACUGUCACUCCCACAAACACCAACGUUAACAACAGUAGUGGUAUGCUUCACCACCAGCAACAUUCGAAUGUAAAUCCAAACCCUAGAUUCCCGUUUAACUCGGUUGGUGCGCUGAAACAACCGGAUCAUUACUCUGAUGGGCCGCCUUCUGCUGGUGCUGGAGGGUUCAGCAUCGAGCCAUCUCGGAAAAAAAGGGGCCGACCCAGAAAGUACUCCCCUGAUAACAGCAUUGGGCUUGGACUUUCGCCUACUCCUGCUGCCCAAAACUCAUCUAUGGUUGUUCAUGGGAAUUCCAGCGGCGGCGGUGGUGGGAUCUCAUCUCCGGAAACUCCUGCGAAGCGUAACCGAGGCAGACCUCCGGGUUCUGUAAAGAAACAGAUGGAUGCAUUAGGAGUGCCGGGAGUUGGCUUUACACCGCACGUUAUUACCGUUAACGCUGGCGAGGAUGUAGCUUCAAAGAUAAUGGCUUUCUCACAGCAAGGACCACGCACAGUUUGUGUUUUAUCUGCUAAUGGUGCCAUCUGCAAUGUCACCCUCCGUCAACCAGCAAUGUCCGGUGGCACCGUAACAUAUGAGGGCCGAUUUGAAAUCAUCUCUUUGACAGGUUCCUUCCUACUGUCAGAGAGUAAUGGUAACCGCAGUCGAACAGGUGGUCUAAGCGUGUCGUUGGCUGGGUCAGAUGGUAGAGUCUUAGGUGGUGGAGUUGCUGGAAUGCUUAGGGCAGCAUCACCUGUACAGAUUGUGGUGGGAAGCUUUAUUGCUGACGGGAAAACCCCGAAGUCUGGGCCGCCUUCUGCACCACCUCCAAAUAUGUUGAAUUUUGGUGCUCCAAUAACCGGUGGCAGUCCUUCCCCAGAUGCCUCCAGUGACUCAUCCGAGGAGAAUGGUGGCAGCCCUCUCAACUCUGGCUCGGAACCUUAUGGUAAUGUUGGCCAGCCAAUUCAGAAUAUUUCGAUGUAUUCAAACAUGGUUUGGCCAAACUCCACCAUCAAAAUGCAUCCCAAUUAA